AUGGAAGGUGGUGAAGGGUCUGCAACAAGGGAAGUUCUUAGGCACAAAUAUAUGGAGAAAAUUAUCAUCUGUGACAUUGAUCAGGAGGUGGUUGAUUUCUACAAGAAGCAUCUAACACAAAUAGUGAGGCUUUUCGUAACAAGAAGCUUGACUUGGUCAUUAACGAUGCCAAGUCCGGCUGAGCUAGAACAGAGGCAAGAAAAGUUUGAUAUUAUUGUAGGGGAUUUAGCCGAUCCAGUUGAAAGAGGACCUUGUUACCAACUCUACACCCAAUCUUUCUAUGAAAAUAUCGUUAAACCUAAGCUUGAUGACACUGGCAUCUUUGUUACUCAG